CAAGUUCUUCACGUUACGUAGAGUGUAGUCGAAAGAGCCAUCGAGAUUCGUCCGCUCUCCUAAUACAACAGUAUGUACAGAUUUACCAGCUAUUGGUCCCUGAUAUUCCCAUACCCGAGUUUUCACCCCUUCCCAGCUGGUCGGCGGCCGUCACUCAGCGUGGUCACACGACGUCCUGACGUCCUUCUUUUCACUAUCUAUUUUUGACCCAUUCUCUACAACCUAUCCGUAGCUUCUUUUUCAUUUCGUCCUUACCCAUGCAUCACUUCCGUUCGUCAGACGGUUUCGCCCAAUCCUCGCUCACCGGGGUCCUGAGCCUCCUUCCCGUCGGCUUAUGAGACUUACACGAUCCUAGCUAUGAAGGCGACGAUUCUUACUCUCGGCGCCUUUGCCGGGCUCGCCGCAGCCAACAUCAAGUUUCACUUUGUGCAGCCGACAUGCAAAUUCGACGGGCCCAACACCUGCUUGAAGGGACAGGAAUGUCUGGCCAACAACACAUGCGCUGCAUACACAAACAAGGACAACUUCUACCCGAGGUCGUACCGCCGCUAUGUUCCCGACGUUGAGCUUCCUCAGGUCGAGAAGAGGCAGGGGCAGUACUCGCUCGACGGCAAAUGCGGACCGCAAAACGGAGGCUUGAUCUGUGACCCUAACAGCAAAGUCUACACUGGUACCUGCUGCAGCCAGUAUGGCUGGUGUGGAAAUACUGCCGAUCAUUGCGGAACGGGGUGUCUUUCAGGUUGCAACGGAGGAGGCACCACCACCCCUCCGGCUACCGCACCUCGGGCCGACGGACGCUGCGGCAAGGACUUUGGAGGAGCCACCUGCGAUCCCAAUGGUGCUUUUGGCGGAUGCUGCAGCGCAUAUGGCUAUUGCGGAAAAUCAGAUGGACACUGUCUCCCAACCAACGGAUGCCAGAGCGGCUGCACGGGUACCAACCCUCAGCCGACCUCUCCCGCCCCAAGUGGAGCUGCGCCGCGACCUGACGGAAGAUGUGGUAAGGAUUUCGGGGGCGCCACCUGCGACCCCAAUGGGGCUUAUGGAGGCUGCUGCUCCGAGUACGGAUAUUGCGGCAAGACUGAUGGUCACUGCCUCCCUGCCAAUGGCUGCCAGAAUGGCUGCACCGGCGGAGCGACUACCGCUGCCCCUAAGCCGUCUGCUACCCAACCCCCUUCGUCGACCACCUCGGGCGAGCCUGUUCUGGGCAAACCUUCUGAUAAUCCUGACGUUCCCGAAGGUCCGCCCACCACGGAUGGAACCUGUGGUGCCAAGUUUGGCAACACUGUCUGCGGCAACUGGUACCAGGGCUCCUGCUGCUCCAUGUACGGAUACUGCGGAAACACGGCCUCUCACUGCGGCGCCGGAUGCCAAUCUGGUCCUUGUCUCAACGGGCCCGUAGUCCCUGCCCCUGGCCCAAGCCCGGCUCCCGCAGCCGCUACUCCUGGUACUCUCCGCAUCCAGGGCCGUUCCGGUGUGCCCGCUAUGCACGCCGGUCUGCUGCCCAACGGAAAGGUUGUCUUCUUGGACAAGGUUGAAAACUACACCGAACUCAAGCUGCCCAACGGCCAGUACGCUUACUCCUCCGAGUACGACCCGGGCACCCAGGCGCUCACUCCCCUCGCCUACAAGACCAAUGCUUUCUGCUCUGGUGGUAUCUUCCUUGCUGACGGGACCUUCGCCUCCCUUGGCGGGAAUGGUCCUCUUGACUGGCUUGACCCCACCGUCGGCGAUGGUUUCAGGGGUAUCCGCCUCCUGAAACGAUCCCAUCUUGAUAAAUCCCUGGAUGGUCAAGCCUGGGUAGAGCCCGGUACCAAGCUCAACACUGCCCGCUGGUAUGCUUCUGUUCAGAUCAUGCCCGAUGGAAGGAUCUUUGUUGCUUCCGGCAGCUUGAACGGCCUGGAUCCCUCCAAGCCAGAGAACAACAACCCCACUUAUGAGAUGCUCGACCGCAAUGGCGCUCCCCAGGGCGGUAGUAUCAACAUGGAAAUCCUCUCCAAGAACCAGCCCUACUACAUGUACCCCUUCGUGCAUCUCCUCAACAACGGCAACCUCUUUGUCUUCACAUCCAAGUCCUCGGAGAUCUUCAACGUCAACACCAACACCGUCGUAAAAAUGCUGCCCGAUCUGCCCGGGGACUACCGCACAUAUCCCAACACUGGAGGUUCCGUCAUCCUCCCCUUCUCCAGCGCCAACCAGUGGAACCCUGAUAUUGUCAUCUGCGGUGGUGGUCCUUACCAGGAUAUCAGCGCUCCCGCCGAUCCUUCUUGCGGUCGCAUCUCGCCGCUUGCUGCCACCCCCAAGUGGGAGAUGGACUCGAUGCCCGAAGGCCGUGGCAUGGUCGAGGGAACCCUCCUCCCCGACGGCACCGUCAUCUGGGUCAACGGCGCCCAGGAAGGAGCCCAGGGCUUCGAAGUCGCACGCAAGCCUGCCCUGGAAGUCCUCAUCUACGACCCCGUCAAGCCCAAGGGCCAGCGCUGGACCACGGGGCCCAAGUCCACCAUCCCGCGCCUGUACCACUCGGUCGCCCUCCUCCUCCUCGACGGCACGCUCCUCAUCUCGGGCUCCAACCCCGUCGAGAUGCCCAUCACCGACCCGGCCAAGACGCCCUUCCCCACCGAGUUCCGCAACGAGAUUUACACGCCGCCUUACCUCCAGGGCAACCCCGUGCGCCCCACCAACAUUGUCCUCUCCUCCAAGAGCCUCGUCGCCGACGGCAGCAAAUUCACCAUCCGCUUCACGUCGCCGGCUACCGCCAAGGCGGUCAAGGUCACGCUCUACUAUGGCGGCUUCGUCACACACUCUGUGCACAUGGGCCACCGGAUGGCGUUCCUGGACACGACGGGCUUCCAGGCGGGCCAGACGCAGCAGACGAUUACGGUGACGAUGCCGCCGAACAAGAAUGUGGCGCCUCCCGGGCCGUAUGUCGUCUAUGUGCUGAUGGAUGGAGUGCCGGGCAUCGGCCAGUUUGUCUUGGUUUCGUAGAUGGGGGUUGUAGUGUAGGAGUGGGGAUGUGGAAGAGGAGGAGGGGAGAGGUGGUGGAGGAGAAGAUGAUGGUUGAAUGAGAUAGGGAUAGGGAUAGGGAUGUAUUAAUGCUCAGUCUUCUCCUAAUCUUUGCCCUUUUUAAUUUCACUCCGUCGUGGCCCGUAUUUCCUCCUCUUCGUCUAAGUUGAGUGUGCGCGACUCUUGUCAACUCACUGUGGAUUUGAUGUGGACAUUCAUCUCAUAAUGCAUUGAAGCUAUCAGAGUGUUUUCAGCAGGGAUUUCCGCCUGAGGUGUCAAGAAAUCUGAAAACGUGUGGU